AUGGGCAAAAAUCCAAAUGCUAAGAGAUUGAAGGAGAAAAAACAUAAGGAUAAGGUCUAUGAGAAUAACGUUGAAGAUCUCGAGGAGGAAGCAGCCAGACUAGGCAUGACAGUAUUUGAGCUAUAAGAACAAAGAGAGCGUGAGAAUAAAAAUAGCGAUGAUAGUGAUGAAAGUAGUGGCAGUGAGGAGGAAGCUAAGACACAAAAUAAGCCAUAACAAAAGAAGAAGAAGCUUAUUGAAUCUGAAGAUGAGGAAGAAGAGGAAGAGAAAAAGGCUCCAGCUAAGAAAGACGAUGAAGAAGACAAGGAUAGUGAGGAUGAGGAACUCGAGAGACUAUAUGGUAGAAACGAUAACAGAAAGCGUCAAGCAAAUUUAGUCGAGCCUACUGAGGAUAGUGAUGAGGAGGAAGGUGCAGCUGCUUCCAAGAAAAAGAAGCUGUAGUAGAUAGCUGAGAAGAGAAAGUUAGCUUAACAAGCUAAAAAAACUCCAGGUGUAGCUGCUGCAAAGACUACCACUGCCAAUAUUGCACCUCAACAAGAAAAGAAGGCAGCUGAAGAAACUAAGAAAAAACCUGAGCCAAAGGAAUAAGCAGAGGAAGAAGAGCCCGUGAGUGUCAUCAAGAAAAUAGACCAAGAAGAAGAGGAGGAAAAGGGUAACCCAUAAUAGCAAUAAGAAUACAAUGAAGCUAGAGAGGAGGAGAAAAAGAAAAACAGGGAGAGAUUGGAGGAGAUCAAAAGAAAGAGGGAGUUGGCUAAAAAGGAAAGAGAGGAAUAGGAAGAGAAGAAGAAGGAAUCAUUGCAAAAGCAAGAAGAAAUGCUUAAGAAAAUGGAGGAGAAGCCAGCUAUCAAGAAGAAGAAGGGCCGUAUGUUCAGAUGA